AUGAAAUUACACAACCGAAGAAUUAAACCUGCUGGAAGUGGAUUAAUUUCAGCCGUGGACAAGAAUGCAUCCACUGGGAAUUUAUUGGCACCACCACAACAACAAAAUUCAUCAAGGAGUGCUUCACCAUCGUCAAACAAUGUCGGAGCAGGAAAUUUUAAUACACCAUCAUCGAGUUAUAGAAAAUGUUUAUUGAUGGUCCAUGAGAAGGAUUUUAGUGAUCAGGAAAUAUUAAUUAAUGGAAAAGCAAUUACGUGGCUUCAAAUAGGAGAUAUUUUGGAAAUUUCUCAACCAAAGACGCCACCUUCUAAUGAACAUAAUGCUACUACUUCAUCAUCACCAGUUUCUUCAUCAGUGAAUAUUAAUAGUGCCUCAACACCAAUUGAUAUUUCUGGUGUUGCCACUCAGAAUUAUUCGGAUUUAUCCUUCUCUCCUUUUUCUUCAUAUAAAUCACCAGCAAAAGCAUCAACACCACCAACAGGGGCAAGUUUUAAACAAGCACCUUCAGUGGGGAAUGUUACAAGUAAUGCACAACAACAACAACCACAACCUAGUUUUACCUCCUCAGCAAGUAAUCCAAAGACAUUUAUUGUAAAAGUAACUUCUCUAGAUGCACAAAAAGGUGUUCCCUAUUUGAGCAUUUCAAAAAACAUUGCAGACGUUUUUGAUUUUCAAUCGAGAAAGGAUGUUUAUGUUCGAGUAAUACCAAAAGAAAGUGCCAUGUUGGACUAUGCUGUUUUUUCUAUUCGGGAUCACUUUCUUUCCAGAUCAGAUAUGUGGAGAUUUGGAUUAUAUUUGAAUGAUACUAGUGUUUAUGAAUCAAAAACUUUAACAUGGCAUGGUGGUAUCAGAGUCCAAGUAAAGGAACUCAUGAAAGAAACAACUGGAAAAGUGUCAUCAGGAAUAAUAGUUUAUGGUCAUACCAAGAUAACAUAUCGUUCAAAUUCAGCUGUAAUAUAUUGGUUAUUCCAAAUGAGUAGAGAAAUGUGGGAAUAUGACGAGUAUGGUAACUUGAUUUUUGAAAGAGUUAUUAAUGGAUUUAUUAAAACAGUUUUUGAUAGAUGGAGAGAAGUUGGUGUUAACCACUCACUAUCAAUAGUAUUCUUUUCGAGACACUACAUAACAGAAGAGGACAAGGAUAAUUUUGAAGAGACGAGAAAUGAAGAGGAUCAUAUGGCAUCCUUAGGAAAUAGAACAAAUAUUAAUCAUUCUAUUAUUGGAUCUAAAGAUGGAAAACGAUAUGUAGAUUUUUACAAAGUAGUUGAUUGUACUGAAACUCAAAGAAUACGAUCACAAGAAAUCAGAAUUCUUUUAAAGAAGGAAUUUUUAGAAUUUGAAAAUAUGGUAAAAGGUAUAGCAGAAAAGGAAAGAGUAGUAUUGCAAAAUUCAUCGGCAGCAGAUAGUAAUUUUAUGGAAGCUAUUAAUUUAGUUUUAAACAGUUAUGACAAGUAUUACAUUAAUCGUGAUCUUACUAGAACAGGCCAAGUUAUUCUUUUGGUAUCACCAGGUAGUGGAAUGUUUGAUGUACAAAUACCAGUUUUGGGUAAGAUUACUACCAAAAGGUUGAUGGAUGUUGGUUUAUCAGUUGACCUUAUUGCCCAUUCUGUUCCCCCACUUCACUCGGUACCUAUUUUCAGGUAUAAAAAGAAAGAAGUUGGAGUUUCUAAUAACCAAGAAUCACCUCAUUUGAAGGAAUAUACAUAUUAUAGAUCUCCUGAUUGGAUCAAUAUUACAUUUUACAGAGAAAAUUAUUUCAAGAAUGAUAUUUGUAUAGAUCAUGAGGAUUGUGAAUGCACAGAUAGCGCCAGUAAUCUCUUCCUCCCAGUUUCUAAAAUGCCUAAUUUAGAAACGCUUCCAACCAACAUUCCACUAUUUGAAAAAUACUGGACUAACUUUAAUUCAAUUAAUAGCAAUUCUCAUCAUACCAAUAACUCGAGUGGAAGUAUUGCAGAAUUGUGUCGUCAACAUGAUGAACAAGUUUUCAAAAUCUUCCAACAAUCUCGUCAAACCUCCCACUACCAAACAUCUUCCCUUUCCAAUAUUUCCCACAUAUCUAAAAAGACAAGCCUCUCAUCACACGACCUUAUUCAUGGAACACCAACAAAGCAGAGAGAGGAAAGGUCCAUAAUUUCCGACUCGAGUCCAAAGAAUCCCCACAUUAUCAAUCACCACCUGGAAGAAUUGAAACAAUCUGAACACAUUUCAGGACUGCCCAGCAGUGGUAGCAGUGUUGGAUUUGAAUCAUCUUUUGAUACCAAUCAUCAGAAUGACUUCAAUGGAUCAACACCAAGUAAUAAUGCAUCUACAAAUACUCCUCAACACGGAGGUUCUCAUUCAACUCAUCAUCUUCCAAUCACUCAUAAUUCUGCCAGUUCAAUGGUAAAUAUGGGCAGUGCAAAUAGUGGUGUUCUGCGACGUUCACCACAUUCUGGAACACCAUUCAUGGCUGAACUAGCUGAAAGACACAAGGCCAAAGAAUUGUUCUACAUGAAACUGUUCAAUCCAUUCCAUAUGGAUUCCGAAACCUUAUCAAGCCCAGGCUCACUUCAAAACAACAAUCAACAAAACACUUUCCACAGAAAGAGAUGGGGUCACUUACAUCCAAGUUCAGGUCUCAGACCAACCCAAAAAUCAGAAUAUAUCAAACAUUUUCUUCUCAAUGUUAACUGGCAAGGUGUUUCAGAACCUGCCUGUUUACCAAUUACCACAGAUUAUUGGCCUGAGUCUGCCCUUAAGAUUUUGAAUGAUUUUGAUUUGCACACACAUACCAUUACUGAUACCAAUAAUAUUUACAAAAGUAUUUCAACCCUUGUGAGAGAAUUAAUAAUACUUCUUCUUCACUGCGAUAACACUGAAAAGUCUGAUGCAUCCAAUAAUAUGGAAGCUGAUAAUAUUUCAACUAUAUCCACUGGAUCAAACAAUUCUGAACUCUCAACUCAAUCAAAGAGAGGAAGAGGAGGAAGAGCUCUCAGAGGAGGAAGAGGUGUCAAUGCUGCUGCAAUGAGAAGAAGGCCACCAACAACCAAUACUUCUAACAGCACAUCAGAAACAACAGUAACACACGAAUCUUCAUCAAAACAAAAGGUAAAACCUCAAAAGAUGGAAUAUUGUCUUUCUUCAGCAAAUCAAUUCCACAAAAUAACCUACAAUCCAAAUAUUUCCAACAUGGUUACAAUUGAUCGUUAUGUUCCUAAGGUUGCUAAAAGUGCAGACAAACCAUCAUCAACUACAAGUAGUGGAACCAAUAGCUCAUCCAAUAAUAGUUCCUCUACAACACUAGUCAAUGAUGCUGAUCCAUUUAAUAAUGCUAGAUCCACUUACACUUAUAGAUACAUGCUUUGGAAUCCAACUUUGAAGAGCUAUGAAUCCAGAGUUACCAGAUUCAAUUCAGCAGUUGACUAUAAUUGGAAUAAGUUGGAUUACUUGAUUUGUGGUGAUCACAAUCAAAUGACAGACGAACUGCACAACAGAUCCCUUCAAUUCCACAUUGUGCCAAUCAACAACUCUAACAAGAACUUGUUUGCCUCUCAAACUCAAUUAUUUGGAGCUUUCAAUAAUAAUUCUAGUUUACAGGUGCUUGGUGGUUCUAACAACAAUUCUAGUAGUGAUUUAUUCUCACAAGCUUCUAACAGCUCUAAUGAAUACACCAAGAGAUUGGAAAACUUUAAGAAAUUUAAAGAUGCAAUUGUAAAUAGGUCAUUUAGGGGAAUGGAUGGAGAUAAUGUUGAUGUUUCACUUAUUGGAGAUGAGAGCUCAACUAACCAAAUACCAUCCAACAGCUCUGCUAAAACAGCCAAACUUCAAUUUGUCCCACAAGAAGGAGGAAUUGAUGACAACAGUCGUGUGGAGUGGUUAAAUAUUGUAUAUAAGGCAUCUUACCAUCCUGCAGAAUUUUGGUCGUUUAAGGUACAAUGGCUUGUCUGUACAGCUGCCCUCAUUGAUGAAUUUUUACAGACAUUGGCCAGAAGAGCCAGGCAAUUAGGAUUUGCAAUGAUUCAAACUCCAGCUGAAAUUGAUAGCUAUACAAACUUUGUUCAUGCCUCAAAACAAGCUGCAGAUAGAUUGUUACAUGGCAAUUAUAAAACAGGAGGUCUAGAUCCAUUGGAGAAUGUACAUCCUUUCAGAAGUUAUGUCAGAAUACCAAUUACCUCAAUAGAGGCAAUGUAUUCUAUUAGAAAUGCCAUUUGUGAACCUCCUCUUAAUUUUAUUCCAGACUCUUUCCACAGAAAGAAUUCAAAGAGAUUUAUUCACAUCAGUGGUUGCAUUAUUUUACAUAUUGAUGCUAUUAAGGGCUCUGAUACUGCCCUAAUUACUUGGAUAGACAAUCCAUUCCAAACUUUUGAUUUGAAUGUUGCCAAUUCAGUCGACCAAAAUGAUAUACUCAACACUUUGAGAAAACUUGUAUUCUCGGAGGCAUCAGGAGCAGGCAAGUUCACUUUACAACUAACUCCUGGAAGUAAUCCUUUUGAAUAUUCCCAAUAGUGCAAUGACUCAAUUUCUCAAGUUGUACAACUAUUCAAGAAUAAAUACGAAAUAAAUUAUUU